GGGCCGAGAACGGAAGAGUCUUUCUGUGCCCCGGCGCCAGCGGUGGGCACGAUGGUGCCGAGCGGGGUGGCCCUGGCCGUGGCCGUAGCCCUGGCGGUGCCCUCUGUGGCCCUGGAGAACGGGCUGGCGCGCACUCCCCCCAUGGGCUGGCUGGCCUGGGAGAGGUUCCGCUGCAACGUGGACUGCCGGGCGGAUCCCCACAACUGCAUCAGCGAGAGGCUCUUCUUUGAGAUGGCAGACCGGCUGGCAGAGGAUGGAUGGAGGGUGCUGGGAUACCAGUACAUCAACAUUGACGACUGCUGGUCUGCCAAGCAGCGGGACGCGGCAGGACGGCUGGUUCCCGAUCCUGAGAGAUUUCCUAGUGGAAUUAGGGCUCUGGCUGACUAUGUCCAUGCCAAGGGCCUAAAGCUGGGCAUUUACGGCGACCUGGGCAGCCUCACCUGUGGGGGCUACCCAGGCACCACACUGGACUAUGUGAAGCAGGAUGCCCAGACCUUUGCAGAGUGGGGUGUGGAUAUGCUAAAGCUGGAUGGGUGCUACUCAUCAGAACACGAGCAAGCAAAGGGCUACCCAGAAAUGGCGAGGGCUUUGAACGCCACAGGCCGCCCCAUCGUCUAUUCCUGCAGCUGGCCAGCAUACCAGGGAGGGCUCCCCCCCAAGGUGAACUACACCAUCCUGGCAGAGGUCUGCAACCUGUGGCGUAACUAUGAUGACAUCCAGGACUCCUGGGACAGUGUACUUUCCAUCCUGGACUGGUUCUUCACAAACCAGGACGUGCUGCAGCCAGCAGCUGGCCCCGGUCACUGGAAUGACCCAGACAUGCUCAUCAUUGGAAAUUUUGGCCUUAGCUAUGAGCAGUCACGCUCUCAAAUGGCCUUGUGGACAGUGAUGGCAGCUCCUCUCCUCAUGUCCACGGAUCUCCGCACCAUCUCCCCAAGUGCUAAGGAGAUCCUGCAGAACCGCCUGAUGAUCCAGAUCAACCAGGACCCCCUGGGAAUUCAGGGCCGCAGGAUUGUCAAGGAGAAAACCCUCAUCGAGGUGUUUCUGCGCCCACUGUCCCAGGCUGCCAGUGCCCUCGUCUUCUUCAGCCGAAGGACAGAUAUGCCCUUCCUCUACACCACCAGCCUUGCCAAGCUCCACUUCCCUGAGGAUGCUGUGUAUGAGGUACAAGACGUGUACAGCGGGAAGAUCAUCAGUGGCUUAAAGACAGGAGACAACUUCUCAGUUAUUAUUAACCCCUCAGGGGUGGUGAUGUGGUAUCUCCGUCCCACGGCACUCCCGGUGCAACCCUGGCAUGUGGUCAGAAAGCAAGCCCAUGGCGAGGGUCUCCGCCCUAUUCUCCUGUGAUGAGGUGCAGUGGGUGGGGUGUGGGCCAGUGCCAGGGUGAGCUGCGAGACCCUGGGACACGUGGCUCUUCACUGAACAAGUGCCUUUUGCUAGUGUGCCCAGCACUCCUGACACCAUUCCUUAAUACCAUCUUGAUGAUGUCUGUUCA